AAAAAAAACUGGAAUAAGCUGUGGUAGUUGGUGAUAGAGUAUUUCCAUACCUGUUUUUUCUUUUUUUAAUCCGCUUGGAGGAGGUGGAUCUGGAAGGUUUUUCAAGCGUUAACAGUUGGGUAUUCUGCGCUGAGCGCGAACAAGUGCUCGUGUGUUAGUUCAUACGUAAGGUAAUUCCGUAAUAAACGCGUGUUUCUCUCAUGUUAGUAUGUAGAAUCGUCGACCGUCGUCGUUAGAAUAUUUACAGUUAAAACAUUGCAUUUUGCAAAGGUGUUAUAACCGUUUUUUUCCUGUCACGAAGUAAACCGAGUGCGUGGUAAAUUUUUUUUCUAUUUUAGUUGCAAAAAGUACUUGGUUUUUUUUUGGUGCGUUGUGUUUUUUUCAUAGUGUAGUUGGUUGGUGAUCGUUUCAGUGGGAUGAUUCCGAGCAAAGGGUGAUCGUUGUGUAGUAACCUUUCAUCGUGAUACUCAUUCGCUUCUAUACCUUUGGAACGUACAUCACGAACAUAUGGUUCACUUGGCAAUCGCCGUAACGCUAGCACACGCAAAUAAAUCAUGAGAAUAUUCAAACGUCGUAGUUCAGAUCCGAGUCCACAAUUGGUUAGUUUAUCGCCGUUAGUUAACGAUCACGAAAAUGAAGAAGCUGAAGAUAUAAGGCAAACGAAAUCCGGUCAAGCGACGCCUACCGGUAAAGGAUCGUGCACGCCGAAUAGCAGGUCUCCCAAGACUUAUCGUAAAGGUUUGUCAACUUGGGGUAGAAAAGUGGGCCGAAGAUGGGACCAGAUCAAACGCAGCGAUUCGAUCGAAUUCCUCGAUUCGGCCAAAAAGAAGCACUGGACACCUUCGAAAGUAGUAUCAUCGGUCACUCCAACCAAUCCAGCUCCGGUUACCAAUCGAAACAGACGUGUUAGCAGAGUAGAAUCUUUACGAAACCUUUUCACUCGAGGUAACUCGAAUAUUUCGCUCUAUCCUUUGCAAAAGACCGGCGACGAUAAGAAGAAACCCGGCGUUAAAAACGGUCACGGAGAUUGGGUAAAAGAUAAAUGCCAAGAAGGUAUCUCGGAUCUGUACGAAAUGGAGGAAACUCUGCAUAAAAAUAUGAAGAUGAAAAACGACGAAAAAAACGACUCUAGGGUGAAAUGUCGUCGACGGAUUCUAUCCGAGUCUUUGAGAGAAAAUCCCCUCGAACAGCAGUCCCUGAUCGAGUACCUUUUACAAUAUCGAUCUCUAUCCGAACUCUCUGCACCGGAUCAGGGGGCAGAGAGACUGAAAACACUCAGCUACGACGACUUGUUCGCAGCUGUGAAAGAAAUUAGCCAAAAAGACUGUGCCAAAGAUACAAUUCUAGCCAAAAAACCUCCCUCAAGGUUACCCCAUCAGAGUAAAAUCGCCACCAAGAGAAGACACACAGCUUACGAUUUUGCCAACGUCGUGAACAAACUACGUUCCAGGGAACUGUUACCAGCUCCUUUGAAGAGUCCCAAUCCCAAUGCAGCUUCGACCAACGACCUAGAGUGCUCGGUGGAUAGACUGUACUCGUUGUUGAACAAUUUUCUAAUCCUGAAAGCCGAAGAAAGCGGAUACGAGAGUGAUUCGACUCGGAAUGGGGGUGGUGACUCGCCUAGGGGAUCGAUUAAAUCGAAUUUAUCCCAAGAGUUGAAACUUACCCCGAAUACCAAUGGUAAUGCAGUCUUACCAGAUGUAUUGCCUCAUCGUCGUGAAGAAGAUAACCAGAGUGUAAGGUCGAUGAAGGCUGAUCGAGUGCCAUUUUCUAGGCAACGUAAUAUUAAAAUUAGUAACGCCAAAAAAAACGAUAAAAUCGUGUCGCCCAGUCAAAGAGGAUACUUCAAUGUGAACGAGAAUCUAAGGAGGAAUUCCCAUACACCGGAGAGGAAUCCCCAGUGUCAGAAUUCGUUGAAUUGCGGUCGUUAUCAUUCGAUUUAUGGAGCUUUCGACGAACAACCUAAGAUUUACCAGCCUUUACCAAAGAAUAAUGAAAAUACUGUUAGCAGCUUCGAGAGAGAAUUCAAAUGUAUGAGGUUCUCUAAACAUAAAUCCGAAAGUUUAGGAAUUUAUAUCGAGAAAAAGGAUCCUCUGGUUAGGACGUCUUCGUAUGUUAUUUCGUUCAUCGAACCUGGAAGUAUUAUUGACAGAGAUGGCAGAUUCAAAAUCGGCGACGAGAUAAUAAAAAUCAACGGAACGCGAUUAAAAGGCUUCUCAGUCGAAGACGCCCGAAACCUGAUCAAAAACUCACCCCAAGAGAUCGAAAUAGUAAUCAGUCGCGAUCCACCUCACAACAUCUCCAGUCCGGUAUCAACCCAACCUUACCCUCACCACGAUCACGAGCCUGCGAAACCUCGAAGCCACGAAAUUAACACCAAAUUACCGCCGGUAUCACCCCCUAGACCAUCUUGCCAAACUGGUACCAUGAAGAAACCCAAGCUACUAGACAUAUUAAGCGAAAAGGUAAACUACGUGAGGCAAAGUUCGAUGCCAGAAAUAGUACGCGAUUCGAAUCCAGUCAAAGCUACGAAAUCUGUACCACUGAAGAGUACCCAGAUCUCAAGACAGCCCUCAUCGUGCGCUGUCAGGGUUGCUGAUCAGAGCAAACCACCUAAACCGGUUACCGGAAUGAGGAAGUUUUCAUUGCAGUAUGAUCAAAUACCGCAGAAAAGCGUCCCCGAGAGUAAAUUGAUGACCCAGAGCGCUUAUGCUGGAUACCCGAGACCUAAGUCUUUGCUGUUGUCAACGCAUUCGGUGACUUUUUGCAAAGGCAAUGGGCAAAAGUCGCUCGGGUUUAGUAUUGUGGGUGGCAAAGAUUCGCCUAAAGGCAAUUUAGGUAUUUUUGUCAAGACUAUUUUCCAAUCUGGUCAAGCUGCUGAUUGCGGAUUAAUGAAAGAAGGGGAUGAAAUUAUAUCAGUAAAUGGCACAUCUAUGGAUGGAUUAACACAUGCUCAAGCUAUUUCACUUUUUAAAGGCAUUAAAACUGGCCCUGUAGUAGUACAAAUUAAAAGAAGAAAUUCUUCAGCUUAUAAAAGAAGCAAUAAAUCGAAGUCAUGCGAAGAACUAGAUAAAUGUAAAUCAUAAACUAGCGGCUGCGAUGGGAAGACGAAGACGAAGACGCAUAGAAAACUGAAUACCUACAUUAAAUUUAGCGUGUAAAAAUUUAUUGUAAAAUGUAGAUAAGCGAUGUUUCAUUUCAAUUGUAGUACCUGUAUUUUAGCUAAUUAGCUAAUGAGUUUAUUCCAAACCACUACUAAACGAGCCUUGUACAAAUGUGAAAUUUUUGUUUAAAAAAUUUUAUAGUUGUAAUAGCGAGUAAUUCGAAAUAAAAAAAAUGCUUUUAGAAAAUAAAGCUUUAAAAAAUUGUUGUUUUA